GUGCUGCUGGAAGGAAUUUUUUUGUUUGUUUGUUUCGACUACGUCGGACCAACACGGCUACCUACCUGCUGUAACUAAAGCUGCAAUAAAGAGCAUGAAGUCACUACAGGACUUCAAAGUCCAACCCCCUACAUUGCAGGAAGAGAGCCCUCUCCUCCUCCAUGAAUUUGUGGGAAUCUCUCAUGAAAGCCAUCAUUGACUCCUGUCGCAAGGAGUUCCAUUGAUUAUCAUCGCACCGCGGGAGAAGUCCUGGUUGCUUGCUUGCUGGAAUUGUGAAAACACCUUUGCUCCACCCAGAAGAACUCCAUCCCUUUUGCAAGCCUCCGAUCCGGACAGCUCUUGGCUUUAGCAAGAGAGAAAUUGGCGGGAGAAUAUAUUUAGGGCGAUCUUGGAAGCCGCCUUGGAGUACAGGGUGAAGAUGAAGGAGCGAACCGCAGCUGGCCCUGACGCUGUUGAGAUUGGGAGCCAUGGGACAUACAGGGGAAAGUCUGUCCCAGAGAUCCCGGGUGUGGACGAUACCAGCUCUGAUGACCAACGCCAGCGCUUCAGAGGGUUACUCUACCAGGAGGCCGAGGGCCCCCGAGAGGUUUGCAGCCGACUCCACAGUCUCUGCCGUCAGUGGCUGAAGCCGGAAAGGCUCACCAAGGCUCAGAUGCUGGACCUGGUGAUCUUGGAGCAGUUCCUGACUAUCCUCCCCCCGGAGAUGGAGAGCUGGGUCAGGGAGUGUGGAGCAGAGACCAGCUCCCAGGCGGUGGCCCUGGCAGAAGGCUUCCUCCUGAGCCAGGUGGAGGGGAAGAAGCAGGAAGAGGAGAAGCAGGUGCCACGGUCCCUCCUGCAAGCGGUCGCUGAUUCCCUCGAGUCAGAAAAGGACGUUCCCAAUGCCUGCAAGAAGUCACUCUGCGUGGGAAUCGUGCCAGAGAUUCGGACUCAAGAUUUGGCACUGGGCGACGGGGUGUUGUCCCUGACCCUCUCCGAAUCAUCCCUCAUUUGUGAAAGAGCAACAGCAACAUCUUCUGCACAGUCAACUCGGGGUCCCAUGGCCUUUGAGGAAGUGGCUGUGUGUUUCACCGAGGAGGAGUGGGCUCUGCUGGAUCCAGGCCAAAGGGCUUUGCACGGGGAAGUACAAAUGGAGAAUUAUUGGAACGUGGCCUCUUUGGCAGGUGAUGAGUGGGAGCAUAAGACUGAUGAAGGGACAUCUGGAGAGUCUUCGGAAAGGAACAAGAAUCUAGAAAUGGAAGAAGAGAUUGGAGAUCAAGUUGAGCCAGAGAAGCAGGAAGGAAUUCAAAUAGAGAAGUGGAUGAACGAAUCUGUUACUUGGCAGGGUGACAAUUUCCCCGAAAUCUCAGUUCUGCAGGGAAAACAGAAAGGGCAAAGAAAAAAUGUCUGCCCAGUAUGUGGGAAAAGUUUCAAUCGCAAGUCAGACCUUAACGUUCAUUGGAGAAUCCACACAGGAGAGAAGCCAUACAAAUGCCUGGAGUGUGGAAAGAGUUUCCGGCAACUAGCAAGCUUCUCAUCACAUCAAAGAAUUCAUACAGGAGAAAGACCAUAUAAGUGUUCCGAGUGUGGAAAGGGCUUUUAUGACAAAUCGAGUCUGGUCAUCCACCAAAGAAUCCACACAGGGGAGAAACCAUACCAGUGCUUGGUAUGUGGGAAAGGCUUUCAUCAAAGCUUCGGCCUGACUUCCCACCAAAGAAUCCACACCGGGGAGAAACCAUACGUUUGCUCAGAAUGUGGGAAGAGCUUCUACGAUAAGCCACACCUUACUAGACACCAAAGAAUCCACACGGGGGAGAAACCAUAUACUUGCAUGGAAUGUGGAAAGAGCUUCAGCCAAAUCACAAGCUUCACUUCCCACCAGAGAAUCCACACCGGGGAGAGACCCUUCAUGUGCUCGCACUGUGGAAAGAGCUUUUACGACAAGUCCAACCUUCUCACACACCAAAGAAUCCACACCGGAGAGAGACGGUACGAGUGUCAGGAGUGCGGGAAGACCUUCAGCCAGAAAAAGAGCCUCACCUCCCACCAAAGCAUACACACAGGAGAGAAACCGUAUCAGUGCCCGGAGUGUGGGAAGUAUUUCAGGCAGCAAACAGACCUUACUUCACACCAGAGAAUUCACACUGGGGUGAGACCUUUCCAAUGCCUGGAAUGUGGGAAGAGGUUUUACAGAAAAGCGGAUCUAAACAGACACCAAAAAGUUCACUCUGGGGUUGGGAGACCCAUUAUUGCCUGGAGCGUUGAAAUGGCUUCAGAUGGCGUAUCCAUCUUAUGCCCUCUAGGGGAAUUUACAGAGGAAAGCCAGUGUAUGGCUUCUGAGAUUAAGCAAGAACCCUGUUGCUAGCACAGCCCUUAUUAGCCAUCAGAGAACCCACACAGGAAAUUCAACUCCUCUGCCCCAAAUGAAUACUGUUGGAGUGUGGGGAGUGUAAGAGAAGCUUUCGGAGAAUUGAAAAGCUUGCCAACUAUUUUGUGACAUUUCAGUUGGCCCAAAGAAAGGCUUUGCCUUACUGUGGACUUCUUAUUUUGUACUCUUAUUUUUGCACUUAAGAUUUCUGUAAAA